CAGCUGCUGAGUCUCGGCUUCAGAGCUCGUGUAUGAUGCGUUUGGCUGAUGAACAGAAAUCACCAGAGGAAGAAAUGAGUUUUGGGGCAGCGUGCAUUUUCUUGCGGGGAGGGAAAAACAUUUCAAGAGAACUAGCUGAUGAUGAGAUUGAUGAGCUGCGUGAUGCAUUCAACGAGUUUGAUAAAGACAAGGACGGGCUGAUCAGCUGCAAGGACCUAGGGAACCUGAUGAGGACAAUGGGUUACAUGCCCACUGAGAUGGAGCUGAUUGAGCUGAGCCAAAACAUCAACAUGAACCUUGGUGGCAGAGUUGACUUUGAGGACUUUGUAGAACUGAUGACCCCGAAGCUUCUGGCAGAAACGGCUGGGAUGAUUGGCAUGAAGGAGCUCAAAGAUGCCUUUAAAGAGUUCGACAUGGACGGAGAUGGAGAGAUAACAACAGAGGAGCUGCGGUCAGCCAUGACAAAGCUGAUGGGAGAGCACAUGAGUCGAAGAGAGAUAGAUGCCAUAGUGAAAGAAGCAGAUGACAACGGAGAUGGCACAGUAGACUUUGAAGAGUUCGUCAGAAUGAUGUCCCAUCAAUGACAGUCGAGGAGAAUGACAAUCAAGAAAGUACCUUUGCACAUCUGCGGACAUGCAUAAAUAAUAAUGCUGCUGUUCUCUAAAGCUCUUUGACAGAUUAACUUGCACAAAUUCAGACCAAACCUAAUAAUGUUAAAACUCAAAUUUAGUGCUGCAAAGAAAAGUCAAGCAAUAUCAAGUCAUUCUCAGAGAGAAUAUAGAGCUAUGCAAAGAUUGACAAUCAUGU